AUGGGGACUGUCCACGCAUUGCUCGCCGCGAAGCCACACAUCGACGCCCCUUUCAUCGUCCUCAACGGCGAUACGCUUUAUGGCGACAAGGCACUUGAUAAGGUCUGCACACAUAUCAAGUACAAAGAUACCCCGUGCAUGCCUGGAUACCCUUUGCGCGACGUUUUGCCACGAUCGGGCAAGGUCAACCGCGCCGUAAUUAGAAUUGAGGGGUCGGCCCUCACGCAAAUUGUGGAACAGUAUAACAUUUGCAUGGAUGACAUUAACGCAGGCAAGUAUUCUGGCGACGAGCUCACGUCGAUGAACAUUUUUGGUUUUCAACCAUCCAUCCUGGAUUUUGCACAACGAAAGUUUGAUAAGUGGCUUGAAGACAAUGCUACCGAAGAAACCUCAGAGUACAUUCUCUCCACCAUGCUCAACGACCUUCUGCCCGAGGAAGGUGUCAAAUCUUUCGUUUACGGUGUUGAUAACGCCAUUCCACUCGAACUUACUAAUCCCGAAGAUUUCGCUUUCGUCAGAAAUAACCUCGACCUCGUCGGUCUGUAA